UUUUGUUUACAGAAAGUGGUGAUGCUUACUUUAGCAUCGACCCUAAGAUUACAAAUGAACUGAUGAAGAAGAAGGAGGAGGAGGAAAAAAGAAAGAGAAGAGCAGAUGAGAGGGCUAUGAAGGUGAAGAAACGGACGGACACUCUCAGAUCAUCAACAGGAGGUGUUCCCCACAUCUCAGACAUGAGGAUUGUGUUGCUGGGAUAUAGAGGUGUUGGGAAGAGUUCAUGUGGAAACACCAUCCUGGGCAGACAGGAGUUCCAGACUCCAGGAAGAACAGCUGAGUGUGUGAAGAGAGAAGGAGAAACAGCAGGCAGACACAUCACUAUAGUGGAGGCACCAGGGCAGUCGGCAUACACUGCAGAACGCACUCCUGAACGUGUUAAACGAGAAAUUGUCCUCAGUGUGUCUCUGUGUCCUCCAGGACCCCAUGCUCUACUCUGGAUCAUUAGGGCAGAUUUGUCAUUCACAGAGAAAUUCAGAAGAGGAGUACAGGAACACCUGGAGCUCCUGGGUGAGAGAGUCUGGAACCACACCAUAGUGCUGUUCACCGCAGGGGACUGUCUGGGAGACACAAGCAUUGAGCAGCACAUUGAGAGGGGAGGAGAGGCUCUGCAGUGGGUUGUAGAGAAAUGUGGCAACAGGUACCAUGUUUUAGACAAUAAGAAGAGAGAUGGUGACCAGGUGACAGAGCUGCUGGAGAAGAUAGAAGAGAUGGUGACGGUGAACAGUGGUCAUCACUUUGGCUUUGAUAACAACAUGCUGAUUACACUGAUGGAGAAGAAGAAUGAAGAAAAGAGAAGAGCAGAGCAGAGGAAGAUGAAGGUGCAGAAACAGAGAGAGACGCUCAGAUCAUCAGCAGCCCUUCUGGAGCUCUCGGGUGUGGGUGUGUGA